GGAAACCAUCCAUGAGUCAAUGUCAAGGUGUGUUCCGAUAGAAAAAGACCUCUCAUUCAGCAGGUUUCGAACCUGCGCAGUCGAAGAGAAACAGAUUUUGAUUCUGUUGCAGAAACCACUUGGCUAAGACCAGUUGAGACGAAUAUCUGACGAAACCAUCUGUGAGUGAAUGUCGAAACUAUAAGACCAGUUAAGGUUGAACUUCGUUGACCUCAGGAAACCAUCCAUGAGUGAAUAUUUGUCACUUCAAGGUACCCGGAGAAUUUGAAUCUAGGGCGCGAGUUUCUCACGCCUCCAGUCAUGAACAACGAGACGGUCACAACCGAUUCACAACCUGCGGCACCGCCAUCGGACUCGAUACGAAUAACAAGGCAGGGCAAAAUCAGAUUCUGGGUCAAGCACGGAUUAGACUUUUUCCAGGAAAAUCCUGACAAGCCAUUGACGCUGCACACUUCCCCGGCCGAUGUUGCACAAUCUACGAUCCCUCGGUUGAUUUCAGUUGUGGAGAUCCUGAAGCGCGAAUAUCUGAAAACGUUGGAUUUUUGUGCAGGACAGCUGACGGGGCUGCAUCAGUACAAUGAACUACAAUGGGAGCAACGUGGCGAGAUCGCUGCAGAAGGGGAGGAUCGAGCGAGUACCAUAGCAAGAGCUUUGGAAGGUGAAAAAUAUCCUAAGCUUACGCUUGCGCCUUAUAUGAAAGUCACGCUGUGCAGGACGGCUCUUCCAGGAAUGCAUGAGAAAAAAGAGGUGACGUACCAGACACCACAGACACGACGACUGUCCAAGACUACAAAGGCGAGAUUGAAGAAAAAAGCAAAGCAGCAGCAGAUGCCUUAGUUUCGGGGACAAGUUAGACACGUUUUACGUAUCUUGAUCUUGGUUUCAUCUGCCACUGCAAGCAACUCGCCCGAGACUUCCAACGAUGUUAAGCCUGUCACAUCACGGAUCAAUACUGGUGGAAGUGCAGUAGGGGAUAAAGUACCGCUUGGCAACAUAUGCAUGUCAAAAAAUCAAGCC